AUGCCUUGGACGUAUUCCUUACAGGAACUUGUAAUAAAUGAUGUGACGGAGGUUGAUGAAAGCAAUGCCGUUUUUACACAAUUCAGAGGAAAUGGAGAAUGGAACCUUGCAACCUGGUCUCGGAAAAACUAUAUCAUGUCUUAUGAAAACAACAGUUAUUCAAAAUAUUCAGCAGUUAAUUAUAAAUUUACUAUAAAGCGAAGAUGGUUGUUUACAAUUUUAAAUUUAGUAGCGCCCGUUGUAAUCACAUCAUUACUGAAUCCUCUGUCAUUUUUGCUACCUGUUGACAGUGGAGAACGUAUAUCACUAAGCAAUACCGUAUUUCUGACAUUGGCUGUGUUUUUCACAAUUGUGAGCAACUCAUUACCUCAAACAUCUGAAGGAUCACCGAUAUUUGUCACGUAUAUUGGUCUACAAAUGUUCGGAAGUGUUCUGACAAUUGCGUUUACGAUUAUAAGUCUGGCAUGUUAUUAUAGCGACAAUGACCUUAGACAAAACAAUGCACUACUUCGUGUCCUGUUUUAUAUAUGUGGUAAAGCUAAAACCGAAAAAGGCGCUGAAUCUAAUCCUGAAAACCUGGAAAAGUAUGAUUCUGAGCAUUCACAUAGUUGGGAAAUAGGAAAAAUGUGUUCUAAAAGGAUUGAUAGAGAAUCAGCACCAUAUACAGGUGUGAACAAUGCACAAUUUAUCAAGAAUCUAUUUGAUGGAUACAGCGUAAAUGUUCUACCGGUUGUGAAUAUUGAUAGACCGGUUACAAUAAGUCAGCAUCUAUACCAUAUGUCUAUAGAUAAUAUUGACAUGAAAAGUAAGAUUGUAAGCACUCGUAUUGUAUUAGGUCUAGAAUGGAUUGACGAAUAUUUGAAGUGGAAUCCUUCGGACUUUAGAAACAUUUCAAAGUUUUCAAUGCAAGCAAGUUCAAUAUGGUUACCAGAUUUGUAUGCAGGUAAUUCAGAUAAAUUGCUAACAUUCAUCAGAGCAGAGGACAUAAAAGAAGUGUUUUUGAGCAGCAAUGGUAAAAUUGAAGCUUGGUCGUAUCUGCAAAUUGAAAUUGGAAUUUCAUUAGACAUUUACAAAUAUCCCUUCGAUACACAGAUAUGUGAUUUUGAGUUUAUUUCUUGGAUACAUAGCAAUAGCCGUAUAGACCUAUAUGACAUACAUGAAUCCGAAAAUACAGACCCGUCCAAAUUGUCCAGACAAAAUGGAGAGUGGGACAUGAUUAAAGUGGACAGGUAUAGAUUUAACAAAACCUAUGACAACUAUGUGACUAACUUUACGAUGAUACGGUAUAGAAUUACAUUACGACGUAAAUGGCAGUACACCAUUUGGAACUUAAUAGCACCAGUUGUGUUGACAUCAUUACUUAAUCCUUUGUCAUUCUUGCUUCCCGUUGAGAGCGGUGAAAGAAUAUCACUAAGCAAUACCGUAUUUCUGACAUUGGCUGUAUUCUUCUCUAUCGUAAACGAUUCUCUCCCAAAGACAUCCGAAGAAGUUCCAAUUCUUGUUGCGUAUAUUGGCCUGCAAAUGCUAGGAAGUGUGCUUACCAUUAUGUUUACAAUAUUCAGCCUGGCACUUUACCACAACAAUCGAAACAUUGAUCAAUCAAGCAUUUGGAGCCUUAUCUUCGGUAAAAGGGGUCAGAAGAAGGAUGUGAGUCAUGAAGAGGUAAACGGUGCAGCUGAUAUGGGCAAAAUAAUGGGCACUCAACAAGAAUGUGAUAACAGAGAUGCUUGGACCAAAGUGUCAAAUAUUUUCGAUAAAGCAUGCUUUUGGCUGUCAUUGGCAUGGAAUAUCAUUCUGCUGGCAAUAGUAUUUAUAGAAGUAAAUGCAGAUUGA